GGUCAACAAGGCUCCGUUGUCGAUUGUCGUAGAGAAAAUAAGGGAGGAGGGUGCGUUGACAGCCUUGUCUUUGUACAUAUUAAAGGCCGGUCGGGUUCCGUGCCGUCUAUCCCUAGCAUCUCAUUCUUCAUAAGUCCAAUUCUGUCUUGCUGCAGCGGGCCGUACGGUAAGGUCACCCAAGCAGGGCAGUAGAAAUCAUCUUGUGCACUCCGGAGACGCAGCCACCAGUACGUUUGGAACGAUUGCAGAAAUGUCCGCUUCAGAUCAGUCAUUGCCCACCCGCAUCGACGCCAAGAAUACAGGCCCUGGGGCUCAGUAUCUGAAGGAUGGCGAUGGCGACCAGAAUGUCGCUAGUGACAACGGCGCCGUGUACAAGAUCGGCCACCUCAGUAUGCUAAAUGUAUCGCCGGGCGGUUUGAGAGGGCUCGGGAUUAGCACUUCGCUGUCACACCUCUCCCCUUCGAUGACUGGUGACAAAAUGUGGUUUCAGGAGCCGACUUGUGAAGAUGUGCUCCACUGGCUGAACAGUGAUCUGGGCCAAGCUCCUUAUGAUUUUGACAGCCAUCGACGCCGUCUCCUCAGCCAAGUCACCCCUGGCACCGGGAAAUGGAUUCUGACGACUGAACAAUACCUUGCCUGGAAAGACGGUACGGAGCCUUCGCGCUUCCUCUGGAUGCAUGGGAAUGUUGGAUCUGGGAAAACCAUGCUUGUGUCCAUCAUUGUGGACUCGAUCCGGAAAGAGCUCCAAAACCGCAGCGACGCCGCUUGUCUUGAUUUCUACUUUACUGAGGGAGAAGAUAACCAUGUGUUCCUUGCACGCAUAUGGGCAACCCUGUUGGCACAACUGCUACGAGUGACAAACACCCCGAUGGCGAUUCUAAGGGAAAGAUGCCGAAGUGCUCUCCAUGGAUCCGCACCACCACACUUUUCCGAAUACCUUGACCUUAUCACAGCACAGGCAGCGAGCUUAAAGACGGUUUAUCUCAUUAUUGACGCCUUAGACUUUUGUCAGAAUGUACCCGAAGAGGACACUCGGCACAAGCUGGGAAAGGCCCUUAGGGGGUUUCCCGACAGCUUCCGAAUUCUGUUCACCUCAAGGAAUGAUAACUCGAUCGGCACAGAGCUCGGAGUGAAGCGAGGGUAUGCCAUCGCACCAACGGAGCAAGACUUGGAAGUUUACGUCACGGAGCGGAUAUCGAAUGACGGGGUUUUGCAGAGUGUGUUGGAAGGGAGAGCCCGAGACAGAGAGGAGGUCGUAAAGAAAGUCAGCAGAAUGGCCCAUUCCCGCAAGAUGUUUCUCUUAGCCAGGCUACACAUGGACAGCCUGGCGGGCAAAUACGGGACGGUCGCCGCGGUCAGGGAUGCUCUGGGCAAGCUCCACGAGAGCGUCUCUGAUAUUUUUGAGGCAUCAGCGCAGCACAUUGCCCGAAGCAUUCAGCGCGGGAAUUUUGAGGGGCUCCUGGUUAGGCACGUUCUCACAUGGGUAAUGAAUGCGAAGAAAGCGCUGAACGAAAAUGAAAUUCGAGAGAGUUACGCAGCACACCAAAGCAGGUUGAAGGGAGGACCCUGGCAACACCAUCAGCCACACCCACGCCUAAUAUUGCAGGCUUUGCAGGCCUGUAUCGGUUUGAUCGUCCUCGAUCCCGAGAAAAGGACUCUCGGCCUAAUCCACGAAUCCGCCAGGAAACCCCUGAGAGACUGCAAUGUCGUUCCUGAAAACCAUAACCUCGAGAUGGGCAAGACUUGUCUGGUUUACCUCCUGGGUGACCAUACUACCGAUGGAGAGCACGAACCUCCACUGCUCCGAUACGCUGCCCGGAAUUGGUGGUACCACCUUUGCGACGGCGGACAGCGCGACCUAGAGGCGGAAUCGAUGACGAUGAGAUUCCUCCGAGACGGCGCUAAACUUGCAAGGGCAUUCGAAGCGAUGGGAAGGACAGAGAGAGGCCUUUUCAAUGGCAUUACGGGCUUACAUGCUGCCGCCCAUUUCGACCUUCCGGUGCAUUUGGCAGAGUGUCUGGUCGAUUCCGGUAUUGACAUCAACGCCCAGUGUUCUGACGGGCAAACAGCCAUGCAUUGGGCGGUGAGAUACGGUCGACCUUCACUCGUAGAGCUGCUCGUUAAGAAGAAGGCGGAACUAGAUCUUCCUGACCGGUUCCGUGAUACGCCACUUCACAAGGCGCUCACAGGACCAACGCCGGACGAUGCACCACUCCACCAAGCCGUUGUCCGGUCCACAGCCGACAAUCUGCGAGUCGUGAAGUCUCUAGUAAGGGGCAAGGCGCGAUUGGACUUGCCGAACAACAAAGGAUGUUCCUCACUCUUAUGGGCGAUUCGCUAUGGGCCAACCUCAAUCGCCCGAGUCAUGAUUGAGGAUUUGGACGACAUAAACGCCGAGCUAUCGCAGAACUGGCCCGUGCUACGUGUGAUCUUUAGCCACGGUCACGAGAUGACCUACCACCUGAGCGAUGGGGCGGAAGGAUCGUCGGAGCUGCGCGCCGCGGUCAUGGACCAUGCUCACAUCUUGACUGACUUGAUGCUGGAGCGUGGUGUCGAACUCAACCAACCAACCGGGGAUGGCUGGACGCCGCUAAUUCAUGCAGCCAGGACUGGCGAUCUGUCUAAGCUCGCCCGCAUUCUGGCACGGAAGUUCAAGCCCGCUGAUAUUGGCGUGGCCGAUCGCGAUGGAAAGCCGCCGCUCUGGCACGCUGUGUUCCACAAACAGCCGGCCGCAACAAAGAUGCUUAUCGAUUGUGGCGCCUAUGUCCACGAGAGGUACAACGAUGGCCUGACACCUCUGCUCCUGGCGGUGAAGCAAGGUGACCGCGAGACGGUCUGGGUGUUACUCAAUGCGGGGGCUCGACCGGACGACCGCGACGACAGCGGUCGUUCGGGGUUACUCUACGCUGUCGAGAAGCGAUAUAACGACAUUGCGUGGCUUCUCCUUGCACAGAGCCCCAAGCACCUGUCUCCUAGCCUGAACAAGAAUGGACAUCAGCUCCAAGAGGCGCUUGAGAUGGCGCUAGACCACGAUGACUGUUCGAUGGCAUGGCUGCUGUGCGAACAUGGAGCGUCGGCUGCCCUCUUGAUGACCGACCGUAAAACUCUCCUUCACCGUGCGGCAAAGAGAAAGAACCACGCGACAUUGCGAUUCCUCGUCGACCGAGGUGGCGCCUUAGCCGCUAAAGAUAGCGAGGGCAUGACGCCUAUACACCACGUGGUCCGAUCUUUUGGGGAUGAGUCGGCAGAGUUGUUAGAUCACUUGGCUUCACGAUCGGCCUUGAGGCCGUGCCUUAACAUCGCCAACUCCGACGGUUACACGGCACUUACCUUUGCUACGGUACUCAAGAAACCAUCUGCCAUGGAAAUCCUGAUUCGGCAUGGUGCCUCGUGUGACGAGGGCGACCGGUGCCAGAUGACCGCGCUGCAUCACGCUGCCAGGAUGGAUUUCGGCAAAGGCAUGCGUCUGCUCCUGAAGGCUGGUAGCAACCCAAACGCCCUGGACAAGGAGAGAUUCACCCCCCUGCACCACUUAGUGAGCGGCCGAUCGAACAAUCCAAUCCUAGUAAAUGACCUGAUGAACGCUAAGGCCGUCUUGGAGCCCCGAGACACAACUGGGCGAACGCCGCUGAUGCUCGCCAUACAGCUGAAGAAGCUGGACCUGGCGCGCGCUCUCUUGGAUGCAGGCGCUAGCACUCGGACGCAGGACUCGGAGGGGUGGGACGCUUUCGACUACGCGGAUGAGGUCAAUUUUUUGGAAGGCCGGGCGCUUCUUAAGAAAUAUGGAGGGGGGUGGUGACAGAGAAGUGACGUCUCUGGGUUAGAUACAGCCGAGAGCGUUGAACACUAGAACCUUGAUCGGUUGAAUGUCUUAUCAUGCUCCCAAUGAAGUUCUCUCAUAGGUCGGUAUAUGCCCCCCUACUAGUAGCUAGUCUUC